UGGCGAUCCAAAAUAUGGCCAACCCUUGAACGAAACCUUAGGCAAGUCUCUACAGCGUGGUACCAUCUUAAGUCUGGGACGAAUCGUUUUUUGGAGGUGUAUAAAGCGCUGAAGUUCGCUUGGAGGGUGUUAUCUUCCGUAGAGUCGAGCUCGUCUGCUCCGCAUCUUGCUGCAAGGGAGAGAGAGAAAGGGCUGCCUGGAGAGCCAGCUGAGGCACAGCGGAUCCAGCCUUCAUCGGUUCACUGCCCUGCCGCAAUGAGGGGAGGAAAUUGUGGGAAGAACGCCAAACAAGGCUGUUCGGUCGAAGGUCCUCGUAAGUCCACUGUUGAUGGCGUGUCCGAGAAGGCCGCGGACAAACGCAAUACAGAGAUGUUGGCCACAGGAUCAGAGACGCCAUCGAUGAUUUAUUUUCGAAGAGAAGUGGUGAACGCGCGUGGGAUAAAGGCGUGACUGAGGCAGAGGUCCGACACCUAGUUUCUAUGGCUGCCGGUUUGCCCGACCCCUUUGCCGGAUUCAAGAUAAACCCCACCCGACAGGGUGAUACGGGAUGUUUCAACCUUCCUGUCGCAUCAUCGUGGGGCAGCAGCGGGGGUUUGGGCGCCCGGGUGAAUCUGUUCCUCACAAUGAUACGCUGGAUCUUUUCAACGGCAUUACGGGAUUGGACUGGCCGGCUAGUUUCACACCGGCCCAACGGUGCUUACCGGUGGUUGCCGCCUACGGCGUGGGUGGUACCGACUUUUCGCCCACUCUGCACUCGUUGACGUCACAUUCGAUGUUCAACAGCUAUUUUAGCACGUUGCAGAACCCACAGGUGCACAACUUUGUCAAACCGCUUGGUAGCGUAUCUGUAAUGGGGGGCGAAGGUUGCGAUUUGCAGUGGGAUGAGGGCGAAUGCAUAAAGUUUAUUGGGUUAGCAUAUUUCGUAAAGAACAAGAGGCUGUUCGACCCCGCACUUCCGGGUCGGCAGGUAAACGAUCCGAAGCGGGAUGGGCACCCUGACGAGUUGGAGCCAUGGAUAGACCACCUUGUUCAGUGGACCCACGUUUCGCACUUCAAGAGAGCUCAGUGGCAAAAUCAAGCGCCCGAGUACGAUGUGAUCUCCAAGUUAAACGAAAGGUGUGGACGACGAGAUACUGGUUGUCAACUCAGAUGGACGAGAGGGAAUAUCCCAUACCUGUCCCAGAUUGGGAUGGAAAGGGGUAUAUCAAGGACAAGGUAGAUGGACGCGCCUUGAUACGCCUACGCCGUUCGCCGUGGGUCACUGUGAAACCGGGCCAGGGUAUCGCUGUUGUCAAGUGUAAGUGUUCUCCGAAUAAACCCGCCAAAGGAGCCAAAAAAUGUCAUCGUUGUGUCUGCACUAAGGUGGGGUUAGGUCUUUGCUCGCCAAUGUGCAA